UGUGUAGCGUCUUUUUCGUAAGUGUUUCGCCUUCAAGCCAACAAAAGGAAGGCUCAAACCGCAAAAAGCAAAAAGAGACCAACGAUGACAGAGAACAACGCUUGCAUCGCCUCAGCCGCCGCGUCGCUGAGCAGCAGUGACACCAACAAUACUGCCAAUGGUGUGGUGGCAGUGCAAGACCAACUCGAGCAAGCGCUGUGGGUGUUUGGCUAUGGAUCCCUGGUGUACAAUGCCGGAUUCAAGUUUGCCGAACGAGUGCCCGGCUUUGUGCGCGGACUGGUGCGGCGAUUCUGGCAGGGAUCGACCGACCACCGCGGGGUGCCUGGGGCGCCGGGCCGCGUCGUCACGCUCGUCCACGAGCCGGAUGGCGUAACGUGGGGCUAUGCGUACCGGGUGGCGCCAGAACACGUCCAGGAGACGCUUCGGUACCUCGACUACCGAGAGAAGGGCGGUUACACGACCGAACUCAUCCAGUUCCAGCCGCGCGAGUCCGGUAGAGCGCCCAUCGUUGUCACAGUGUACAAUGCCACGGAAUCCAACCCGAAUUUCCUGGGUCCGGCCCGGGCCAUCGAUAUUGCCACGACGAUUGCCUCGUCCGUUGGUCCCAGCGGCCCAAACAUUGAUUACUUUCGUCACCUAGUGGCUGCGCUCCAUGAAAUUGAUGGUGAAUGUGUGGACGACCAUCUACGAGAAAUCGAGCAAGCGCUGGCGGGUUUAAGUGGACUAUGAGCUCAGGAUUUUGACAAAAUGAAACAUGAUUUGCAAACUCAAAG